AUCCGGUGAAGCACAAAGAGAGACAGACGGACAUUAGAGAUUCAUUCUUGUCCCCACGUCGUCAGGGUGGGAGAGUAAGUGGACGCACAUCCUGGAUGUCACGCAGAAACUAGUUGCGGUGAUUUAUCUGCGGUUGUGUGAUUGGCCGGACUGAUGCGCUCUGAGCGCGCAGCGUGAAGGUGGUGGUGUAGGAGGAGGAGGAGGAGGAGGAGGAGGAGGACACACGCAGAAGAUCAGCGAGGAUCAGUCAGGAUCAGUCAGGAUGUGAGCUGAACUUGUGGUAGAAUGGCACCUCAUGUCGCGUGGCUCUCUGAGGGAUGGCAGCCUUUCACCACCACCUUCACCACCACCAUCUCCACCCGAGCGCGGACCUGCGGCGGCUCUUCCACCGCCUCACCAUCGCCUCCUCUCUGAGCAUCCUCUGCUUCUCCCUGGUCUACCUCCUCACCGGAUGCUGCGAGUCAGAACUGGCGGACAACUCCGAACUCAGGGCGCCCACGCGUGACUUUGCCGCGUCGGGCUCGGGAUGGCCCCACGAGAGGAACGGAACCGGCUCUGCCCGCGAGGGUUCCCCGGGUGUCAGUGGCGAGGGUCACGCCGCGCUGGAGGCGAACAGCUCCGGGAAAGAAUGGACAGCCACGCGGCGGCUGCCCCAGGCGCUGAUCAUCGGGGUUAAGAAGGGAGGCACCCGGGCUCUGCUGGAGUUCCUGCGGCUGCACCCGGACAUCCGCGCGCUGGGCUCGGAGCCGCACUUCUUUGACCGGCAUUACGCACGAGGACUGGACUGGUACAGGACCAUGAUGCCCAAAGCCCUGGAAGGCCAGAUCGUGAUGGAGAAGACGCCGCGAUACUUUGUCACCGUGGAAACGCCAGAGCGGGUCCAUUCCAUGUCGCGGGACGUGAAGCUCAUCGUGGUCGUCCGUGACCCCGUGACCAGGGCCAUAUCGGACUACACGCAGAUCAUCUCCAAGACGCCCGACAUCCCUCCGUUUGAGAGCCUCGCCUUCAAGAACCGCAGCACAGGUCAGAUCGACUCCCUCUGGAGCCCCCUGUGGAUCGGUCUGUAUGCUCAGCACCUGGAGCGCUGGCUGACCUGGUUCCCCAGGAGUCAGAUCCACCUGGUCAGCGGGGAGAGGCUCAUCUCCGACCCGGCCGGAGAAGUUGGCAAAGUCCAGGACUUUCUGGGCCUCCAGAGGAUCGUCACGGACAAGCACUUCUACUUCAACAAAACCAAGGGGUUCCCCUGCUUGAAAAAGCCGGAGGGCAGCAGUAAACCUCACUGUCUGGGGAAGACGAAAGGCAGGACGCACGCCUCCAUCAACUCAGAGGUGAUGCAGAGACUGAGGGAUUUCUACAAGCCACACAACCAGCGCUUCUAUCAGAUGGCCGGCCAGGACUUUGGAUGGCAGUGAAGCUUCGAUUGUUCAGAACCAGUGGUUUUUGUUGGAGUUUCGCUGCUCAGGAUAAAAAAGCCUGUGUGCAAAUCUUUCGUCUGACAGAUGCAAAGACUCUGAGGAAAAAAGAUCCAGAAACCAGAGCCGAGUUACUGCCUCUGACGAGCAGAGCUGCAUCUCAGAGACCCGACGACAAAACCCGUCGUCAACUCACUUCACAUCUACCAAUCAGUCAGUUUGUUCAAGUGUUUGAGUGUCAGAGUUUUCUACGUCAUAGAUGUUCAGCAAAAAGCUGAGAUUGCACUAUCAAUGAAAGCUCGGGUUAGGCAAGAUAUUUUUGUUAUUACUGAUCAGUAAUUCCUUAAUAAUCUUUUAGCAUAAUGUAAAUCAAGUGACCUGAGACAGAACUAGGCCUCUUCACUUUUGCUGGAUGUUUCCUGUCUUGGGGAAAUCUGGCAAGUAACAGGAGACUUUGACCAAUCACAGGACAGUUCAGAGAGAGAGAGAGAGAGAGAGAGAGAGAGAGAGGACGCCUCCUAUUGGGUGUUUUACACAGCACAUCCCUUCAGUGCAAGGGUGGCUAAUCCAGCCUUGGCAUCAACUGCCUAUGCUUCAAAGAAUCCUAAAAGAAGGACGAAGAGUUGGACAAUAAACGCAAUAAAACAUGUCAAUAUGGGCGGAGCCUUUCAGUGAUGGAGAGAUCGACCGGGUCAUCUACUGCAUAUGAAGUGUUUGUUUGUGCUCAUGUGGUGGGAGGGGCUAAGGACUGUGAUCACAGAUGGUUAGCAUUAAAGGAUCUGGGGAUGAAUCUCAACAAUUAACUUAGCUAUUUGUUUGUGUCACGGGAUUGCAAUCGCACGAUCAUUUGUUUGCCAACCAGUGUCUACUUGCCUGGUGCUAAUGCUAGAGCUAGAAAUGCUAAUAGCCAACAUCUUGGAUCCAGCUGCACUUUUUCAGAAGUUACAACAAAGUAAAACUUUCUCGCUCAUUUCCUGCCGCACCCUCCCUUUUCUUCCCUGGUCUAGCUAGCUUGACACCGUGACAUUGCUUCUCAUGAUUGUUUUUUUCCCCCGAUAAAGCAUCUGAAAAGAAAAAUGCAAAUUCUGAUGGAUUUACAAGAUUCCCGGAGCAACUGAUGAGACAUUUGCACCACGUUACUUCCAAGAUUGCAGUCCCUGGAUUAUUUGCAUGCCAAUUUUGUCAAUUUUACCCAUGAUUCACAGUUGGACAGAGUCUGCACCAGUUAGCACAAGUUGGGGACAGUUGGCAUGGCUAGUCGGCACAGACCCAACCUCAUUUUUUGAGGUUCUGGACACAGUCGGGUAGUGUGUGCUGCCAAUGAAAAAGAGAAGGUGGGACACCGGAAAUGGCGUCAGAAGACAGAGGAAAUGGCGUCAGAAGACACAGGAAAUGGUGUCAGAAGACGAAGUUUACCUUUUAAACUCUCGCUGUUGUAGACACGGACACUCUUGCAAGAGUUUGAUGCAGUCAGU